UAUGAAAGUGGAGAAUACAGUUAGCAAAGCGAUAGAAAUUUGUCUACGAAUUUUUGGCAUCUGGCCGAAUACAUCGUGCGUUUUAUUACGUAGAGUGUUCUGGACUGUUACGGUCUUAAUCGAGCAAGCCUUUCAAUAUCGAUAUAUCGUAAUGCAUUUCAAUUUAAUUGAGCUUUCUGAGAUGAUGAACACUUUGAGCACAACAAUGGCGUACACGAUAUUAUUAUGUAAACUCGUUAUUUUUUGGUAUAAACAGCGAACGUUCAACAAGAUAUUAACGAUGAUGGCGAUCGACUGGGAAAAAUGUUCCAAAACGAAAUUCAGUAUGUUCGCGACGACCAGCAAUGUCAAACUGUCGCACCGCUUCGCUAACAUAACGGUGAUUCUUUAUUCGACGUCUAUAAUUUUUUUUAGCAGCAACGUUUUCAUAAAGAACGCGGAUGAUGGCAUAAACUUCAACGAUUCCACACGAUUACUCAUUCUGGAGAUGGAUUUGCCAUUUGACGCUAAUCGGAGAUUCGUAUAUGAAUCAGUCAUAACUUUUCAAUUUGUUUAUUUGCUGAUAUGUGCUAACGCAUUGGCUUUAUUAAAUUGCCUACUCAUAAAUCUGAUAUUGCACAUAAGCGGUCAAAUCGAUAUUCUUCGUAAGAGUGUGACGGAAAUUUUUCUAAAGAAAGGAAAGUGCGGUCCGAGUCGUUCUGUGGUAAAAGAAAUAAUCAAAAAACAUCAGAAAGUUAUCAUCUUUUCAGAACAUAUCGAAGAUCUAUACUCGUAUAUCGCGUUGGUAUUAUUCGUAUCGGAUACUUUGAUUAUCUGCUGCUUGGGUUUUGCAAUUGUUGCGGUAAGGAUUUUUUAUUAAUUCUGCGGAGGAAUAUAUAUUAUAGAACU